AUGAAUUGGUUGCCAACUUGGUUAUCGACAGACAGCAAAUUCAUGACGCAAAUUUUGAAGUCUCAAGCUACUUACAAGCGAAAUUUCGACAAGGGCAGAAAGGCGGAAAUAGGCUACACGGGUGAAGAUCUAGUGGCGAUCAAGCGCACUCAACUUGUGGCUGGGAAAUUGUUUUCCAGAGAAUAUCUGGGCCCUUAUGAAAUCAUCAAGGUUAAACGCAAUGGUCGAUACGACGUCCGCAAAGCAGCACACGUAGAGGGUCGGAAGUACGCCGAAUGCUGCGAAGAGAUCCUGUCAUCAGAGGCGGAUGACGAUAAUCAGGACCGUCGAAUGUUACAGUGGUUAGCUGAGCUGGCGAUGCUUGUACAGCAACAACAACAACCACAAUAUCAAGAGCAACAACAUCAACAACAACAACAACCAAUCCAGUGGCUGUCAAACAAAGGUAUCAUCCAGCAGUUUCGCCAGCUAAGGCAGCUCGACGACCAACAUGAUGUGUUAGCUUUUAUAAAAUCUGUGGAGUUCCUCAUGACAUUAUGCCAGGGAAACGCAUUGCUGAUCCAGUUUGGCACUAGCAUCGUCGCUAAUGAAAAGGUGUCGGGAACAGCAGCAAAUUUCAUCAGACAAUUGGGGAUGGAGCCUAGCUGGGACCAAAUGAAGACCAAACUGAUGGAGCAAAUGCGACCCAGGAUGACCUACGAGGACGUAUUCGAUAGAUGCAGAUUCAUCAAAGUGAGUAGUUUAAGAGAUUUGUUCCAGGAGUUUGAGAAAGCAAAGUGCGAAAUAAAUAAAAUAUAUAUGUUCGACGAAUCCAAACCAGCCAUGUAUGAAAAUGAUAAAGUAGAUAGAGAUUUGUUAAACAUGCUAACGAAUAAAAUAGACACUCCAUUCAGGAUUCAUGUCGAUCAGGGCAUAUCUAUGCAUACUUUACAAACGAAAUAUUCAAAUAUUAAAGCACUGGACGACCCCAGAGCUAUUUUACAGAGGUAUAGAAAAAAUUCGAACAAUACCUAUAACAAACAGGCUAACACUAACACUAGCACCACUCAUAAAAACGCAACCCAGAAUAAUCAGUUUGCUAGUAAUAAUAACAAUACCAAACAGAAUCAGGGUGGCCGGCCAAACACCAAUAAUAACGCCGGCCCACCUCAGAGUGACCAAGUCAACCAACAGUCGUAUAACAGGUCACAACCCACCCAAAACCCAAAUUUUAAACCUAACUAUAACAACAAGGGUAACAGCUCAAAACAGACAAGAAUGUCUCAUAUGAGCGUUGACACUCAAAAGAAUGAUCCCAUACCCAUGGAGAUUGGGACUUUAGAAGAAAAUCAGGCAGAAGAAGAAGAGGAAGAACAGCCUUAA